UAAAUCUGUAUCACGAUACCUGCCAUUUGUCAUUGCACGAGUCGACUAGGAUCACUGGUUACGACGAUAUAAAAGAGAGCAAUAAUGAAAGUUCUGACAUAUCCACCUCCAACAGGCUUCGAAAUGUUCGAAGCAUAAGGUCUGCUACAUUUGGAUUCGAUUUUAUUGCUACACUUGUUACGAAUUUGAGCUCAUUUAUAUUUAAUUUAUUUUGUUGUGAAGAUCAAAAAUCUCAUAAUAGAACUAACGUGGCCUAUAUUUUGGAGCUUAGGCGUAACUUUCUGGAAUACGUGAAAAUUUCAAUAGUAACGAGGCACAAACUAUCCAGGUAACUAAAUCCCCAGGUUGUCAAAUAUCCAUCACAAAGUAUGAAGUUUUGGAGUAUGUUUUCCGGCCUGCCAUUAGAGAAUUGGCUUCGGCUAUUAAACAAAACGGAAUGCAACGCAACGUGUUUAGUCUGUUCAAUAUCCACAGAAUUUUUUUAUCUGGUUUCUUAAUAGAGACGAAAAAAGAAACAUAUGAUUUUCUCGAGAAAAUUGUUUUAAGAACAUUGUCUGGGAUUUUGGAAAUCCCAAGAAGCCGUAUUUGUUCGUCUGCUGUUAACGGUAAAGAAGCACUAUUAGGUGCGGCGUACUAUGGUAACCACCCUGAGCAAUUUACAGAACGAGUCUCCAGAGGUUCUUAUGCUGUUCAAGUUCGUGGUUAUAAAUGCCAAGAGUUUGAGAUGGAUGUAAAGAAGAAUAUAUCGGGAAUGGAGUUAAAGGGAGGAAAAGACAUGAAGAAUGAUAUAUACAAUGAAGAAGCAGCAAACGCUUUUAUUGACGAGAGUAAACCAGUACAGUUGUAUUAUCAGGCCUCUUACAAUCAAUCUUUAGAAGAUAAUAGUUCUUUAAUUUCCCCUGGCAAAGUAAUGCUCUUUAUCAGUAGAGGCGAUAAGAUUUCGGCGCAUAACGAAAUGCAUGGAGUUGCAAAAAGAUUCUAUGCUAAAGAAGAAUGCGUGGUAUAUGUUGCAAUUUACUCUUCCGAGAAUUCUACUUCACCUAAAAGCAACAGUAAUGUUGAUCUUACAAAAUUUGACAAAAUCCAUCAGUUCGAGCUUUACAUCAAACGCGAUAAAGAUGACCCAACAACUACAGAUCCCGGUUCCCGUCUGUACUUUGACGUAUGUUUAAAAUUCGAUAAGGAAGAAUUUCGCUUCGAAGCAUUGCCUUGUUUAAAACUUGGACAUAGGAUUCCCGAGUUCCGUUCCCGAGAUGAGUAUCUGGUUGCAAAUAUAUAUGGUGAUAGAGACCGAAUUAAAAUUGGAAAUAUAGAAAUUGUUCCAAUUGAGGCAAACGUUUUACAAGUUGCAGAUAGUUAAAAGGAGCCAAUAAAGCAUGGGUUAUGUAACAAAAUUUUAUUCCAGUG